AUGAGCUCUUUCAAAAACAUUACCCUUCUCGGAAAAGGUCUGCUCGGAAGCGCCAUUGUCAAGCAGCUUGUCGACGCCGGCUUUAACGUGACUGUCUUUAGCCGUACCUCCCAGGUCACAAAUGAUCUGCCACCGGGUGUCAAGACUGUUCAGGUCGACUACUCAUCCGUUGACAACCUCGCGACUGCUCUCCGGGGCCAAGAUGUGGUGAUAUGUACGGUCGGUACUCCAGCAAUCAGUGCUCAGAAGACUUUCAUUGAUGCCGCCAUCCAGGCCGGUGUGAAACGCUAUGUUCCAUCGGACUGGGGUGCACUUGGUACCGACCCAGCGGCGGAAUCACUUCCAUCAAAUGCCAUUUGGGUGGACAUUCAGAAAUAUCUUAAAAGCAAAGCCGCCCUCGGACAAAUUGAGUACAACCUUUUUGGUGUUGGCCCUAUCUUGGAAUAUGUCAUCUCCUCGUCCUUCGUUGUUGAUUUUCAGAAUCAUACUGUUGAUCUCUACGACGGAGGUGUUCACCGUUUCAGCACCACGAGCUUUGCUAGUAUUGGCAAGGCCGUCGUGGGUGCUUUGAAAACCCCCGAUGCGACCAGAAAUCGUCUGAUUCGUGUUCACGAUAUCGUGUUGACACAGGGAAAAGUUCUUGAGCUUGCAAAGAAAUACUCUCCAUCCGAUGUCAAAUGGACCGAAAAUGCAGUGGAUGCAUCAAAAGAACUUGAGACGAUUCUAAGUACCACAAAGCAGAGUGAUCUCAACUUUGAGAAAUGGGUCUCUUUGCUCAGAGCUGCUGUGUUCAGUGGUAAAUUUGCCGCUGAGUAUAAUCCCUCGGACAAUGAGCUUGUUGGCUUGCCUAUACUUGAUUGGAAGGAGUUUGAGGAAAUUUUCGCAGCCAACUUUGGAAAGUCUUUGACGGCUGAACUUGUGAAAGAAGGAAAAUUCGAUGGUAUCGAGAAAAGGGUCUGA